GUUGUUUGUGGUUGUGUUGUUGAGGGUCUCAGGGUGGCUGCUAGGGCUCUGGGUUGUUUCUUGUGCCAUGGGUCUGCCCUGUGGCAUCUGGUCUGUGAUCCUAGGCCUCAUCUGGCUUGCAAAAGGAGGACAGGGAGACACUUUCCACAACCCUCUGGGAAAUGCUGCUGGCGUGACAAGGAGUCGUGGUGGUGGUGACGACAUCCUUGACAUCAACAAAGACCUUGUCCCCCAAGAGGCCCCAGAGAGCAGCUUUCUGAUGGAGGGUGACAUUGUCAAGAUGGGCCAUUCCAGAGCACUGUCGGUGGUGAGCCCGAGGUGGUUAAAGAGGAAAGGGGUCGUCAGGAUUCCCUACAUCCUGUCUCACGUGUAUGAUGCAGCCAGCAUGGCAGUCAUCCAGGAGGCCUUUGCAGACUUUGCCCGUUUCACCUGUGUCAAGUUUGUGCCACGGUCAUACCAGAAGGACUUCAUCUCUAUCCUGCCUGUGGCUGGGUGUUUCUCCAGUGUGGGCCGUGCCGGUGGGAUGCAGGUGGUUUCGCUGGACCCUGCUUGCCUCCAGAGAGGGAAAGGAGUAGCACUACAUGAGCUCAUGCACGUGGUAGGUUUCUGGCACGAGCACUCCCGAGCUGACCGGGACAAGUACAUCAAGAUCUCCUGGAAUGACAUCUUGACUGGAUUUGAAGUCAAUUUCAUGAAAGCAUGGACUACCAACAUGCUGGUGGGCUAUGACUACUCCUCCAUCCUGCACUAUGGCAGGUAUGCCUUCAGCAGGACGGGCUGGCCCACCAUCACACCACUUGCUGAUCCCCACAUGGCACUGGGCCAGAGGCACUAUCUGAGCCAUUCGGACAUAGCCAGGGUUAAUAGGCUGUACAAGUGUUCUCAGACGGGGAUGGAACUCGAGACCUCCACUGCCCGUGCCUUGUCAGAGACUACAGCAGUGUCCCAUCCAGGUGACUUGGACUCCUGCCUAACAGAACGUGAAAGCAAAAUCAAGGCCUCCUCUCCAGGAACACACCCUGUUGGAACAGCCCAACAAGCAGCCUCCAACUGCCCCAGAGCAGGGACAGUAGUGCCCUCAGCCCAGACCAUGCUGGAAGGUGAAGAACCCAGUGUUUCUCAGUUUCCUGCAGGUAGCCUUCCACUGACCACCUUACCCAGUGAAGGAAGCAUGAAAUCUGUGGAACCAAUAGUGCAGGUGACCACGGAGAUGGGAUUUGCAGAUGCCAGCACAGAACAGAGAGUGGAGAGAGAUUCUGUCUCUGAAACAACAUCACUCUUGGGAACAGAAGCCCUUGAGGAGCGGGGUCCUACUGAGCCCUCCUUGCUGGAGGGCAAAACGCAUCCUGAAGUUAUGAGCCACUAUGUGGAGGCAUCUGGCAAACUCGAUACCACUAGAGGCCAUACCGAAACUCCCCCUGGGGAGCUGGGACUCCUGGAACUGACUUCUCCUGGACUAGCUGCUGCUGAGAUCGGAGAAGCCUGGCUGCAUACGAUGGGAAGAAGAGAUGUCUCCCCAUUCCUGGGGUCAGUGGUCCACCUGCUGUCCAACCUGCCCUCCCUGCCCAUCCCAACAUGGACUUCAUCUCUAGAGCCAGAGUCUGGUAUGAAGCCACCUACUGAGCUGGCUGCAACAGACUCCACAGCCCCCCUUGGAGAGGGGGAGGGUGAAAAAUGGACCACCAGCCUAGCCAGUAAUAAGCCUACAACUGCCCCGGCAAGGUCUUCCUUGUAUGAAAAGGAGAGCAACUCUUGGAUGGCUUCCACCCAGGAGACCUUGGGGGUCUCUCAUGAUGAGAUGAGAACAACCCCAAAAGGUCAUGGCCAAGAUAUGGCUGCCAGUGGCAGGUUAGAGAUGGCCAUGCCUGUGAGCUCGCAGGCCACUGCACUAGUGUUCUCUGAGUCCUGGGCUGCUAAUCCAACUGAGAUGGGAGUUGAGGGUGCCUUUGCUCUACAGGAGAAGGGCCCGAGCUUGCUUUCAGGAGGACCCAAGUACCUCCAAGUUGGUAUUUCAGAGACUCGCACAGAGCUGGGACUGGUGGAAACCACUAAGACUAGCAUGUACCACCACACUUCUCCUACUCAACCAGGCAUGUUCUCUCCAGGGAUGAAUAUGGAAGCCACCAUGUCUUUCUCAGAUCCUGCCACCUCCCUGGUGGCACGGCUAUCCCGAGCAUCUGACCGAACUGAGAUGAGGGUGCAAGACUCUGUAAGUAACCAUGGCAAUAAAACAGGGCUGACCCGAUCUGUGCCCCUUCCCAUUGUAGGUAGGGGACCAUCUUCCACCUUGCUCUCCCCACAGGGUUCCAAGAGCCCCAGAACAGCCUUGAAUGUGGGGACUGCAGAAGGUGCAAGCUCUGCUGUUCAGUUGGCUGUCUCCUCUGCCAGCAGAUGGCGUGAGCUGAAGGAGAAGAAAGCUGGACUUUUCCGUCGGAAGAAAAGAGAACAAAUGUACACUCUUGCUUCCCUCCUGGCACCUUCUACAGCAACAGAACCCAAAUACACAACAACUCUGACAAGAGAAUUGUCAGCCUGGGGAGCUUCAGUGGUUCAGGCUGCCCAUCCUGGUGAGCUGGGAACUGAAGCGGGUCUACCUGAGCAGAAGAGGCUUCAGAAUGUCUCCAGACCAGCCACUACCUUAGCAGUGACCAGUGCUACAGAGCAAGCAACUCCUGUCAAAGUCAUGCUGUCUCUGGAGUCCUCUGCUAAUGUGCUGGAGUGGGGAAUGGAGGUGGAUGAAGGCAUUACCAGGAUGAGAGGUGGACAAGCUGCCCCUUCAGAGCCUGCCCCAAAGACUGAGCUGGGGCCUGUUAUAAGAACCUUUGUGCCAAGGGUGCUUGAGAAAUGGACCCUGGUCUGUGAGGAAGAGGCAAGUAGUCAAGUCCCAACCACCAACACACAAGCUCCUGUAGCCACUAUCAAGAAGCCUUUUCUGGACAUGAGACCCUGCUAUGGUGGGCCCCCUGCCAAGCAAACCUUGCCACUGCUUUUGGCUUCACUGCCCCGAGCUCCUGGCCCACAAGAACUGGGAACUGAAACCACAAAAGGCCAAAGCCCAUGUGCAUGGAGCAGACCUGGGAGAGGUUAUGGACAUGACCCUGUAGCAGUGGGGGCUGUAGGCCUUCAUGGAGAUGCUAUGGAGAGGGCUUCCCCAGGGUCUCUGGCAGGGUAUGCAGAGGUAGUCACCGCCACCACCACCACUCACAGGCAGGUGGAUGCUGGGGAGACUCCAUCCUUCUUGGCAGUAUUAACUGGGAUUGCUAAAAUGGAAACCACUGUGGCAUCUUCUGUGCUUCCUCUGGAGGCUCUUGUGGCCCAACAUCACCUUGCACCAGUGUCACUAGCCCUACCCCAUGGUUCCUCUAUGCUGGCAGAGGGGAGCAGCAGGCCAUCAGCUAAAACUGCUGAGACUGUGAAUGGUGCAGCUCACAGGUGCAAGAAGACCUGGAGCACAGCCUUUGCUGGGGCAGAGGCCCAAAGGCCCGUAGGGUGGCCUCGGCUGAGUAGAACAAGCAUAGCAGAGCCUUGCCAAGCUGUGCCAAAAGAACAGAUGCAGAACAGCCCAAAAGAUGUCCCUACUUCUCAAAGUGACCCUAGAAAGAAGGGCUAUUUCCAUGCACCCACUCCACAGGCCUGGCCUCCUCAAGGGGUUUGGCACUCCCAGUCUACAGUCUCCACAGCAUUCGGAGGGUUUCCAUUUCGGCUCAUGACCUCCACACCUGAGACCUGGCCUGCAGGCUCUUCAGUGGUGGGACUUGGACCCCUUGUUCCUGGAAGCCCAGGGCAUGGUAUUCCAGUGUCUCAUGGAGGGCUGAGACGUGGCCUACCUUCUACAGAGCAGCACCAGACUCCCUUGGAGAUGCGGUCCCUCACAGCCACCCCCAGCCUGGCAAACAAAUGGCUGACCCUGCAAGCCCUGACAAAUGGCAGGAAAGCUACUCCCAACCCCCCAGGAAUUGCUCGGCCCAUCUUGAGUACUGAGGGGGCACAUGACAAGGCUGGAACCCCACUGGAACCAAUGGUGCAGGAGCAGAGCAGCGCUGGGGCUCCUGGGGGACCAGUCAUACUGCGCUUCAGAUCCAGGAGGCCUCUACUGACUCCACAGGGAAGGCUGAUCACUUUGGCACCUGCCAGCCAUUCAGAUGCCACUGCUCUCUCCAUAGCACCUGCUCCACUCUGGCCUUCUACAGCUGCACCUGCAGGAGGCAUGUCCCUUGCUGUUUCCCUACCUUGGCAUCUGCCUGGCCCUGCUGAUGCUAUGCCCAGCAUCCCACAGGUGGUGGCAACCCCAGGGCUGCCCCUGUGGCAGGGCUGCAACUUUGAGCAGAGCCUGUGUGGCUGGUGGCAAAGUGUGAAGGAUGACCGGGACUGGGUUCUUGUCUGGCAGAGCCUGUCGGCUGGGGCCAGCGACCACAGUAGAUCUGACCCCUCAUGCAGUCCCUCUUGGGGUGGCUUCCUCUCCCUUAAGGCUCCCUUCAUCCACUGGGCCCCUGGCAAGAUGGCUGCUGUCAUCAGCCCCACUUUCCAUGGGAUUGGAUGCAUCUUCUUCUGGUACUGCCCCAUGGGCUGUGGCAUGAGCACAAUAAAUGUCUAUCUCCAGUAUGAAGGCUCCCCUGCCUGGCACAGGGUCUGGUCAGCCAAGGGGCAGCAGAGCACUGGCUGGCAGCGCAUGACCAUGGAGACCUUCAGGAUGCAGAGACUGCAGGUGGUGCUAGAAGGUGUCCUGGGCCCAGAUGCAGGCAGUGUGGUCCACAUUGAUGAUGUUGCCAUCUGUGGAGCCCUGUGCUUGGCAACCUGUGCUAGGCAGCUCCAGCUUUGUACCAGCCCAAACUAGUAACAACCUUUUACAAUGCAA